ACCUACUCCCAGAGCAUCGCCGGGCUCAUAAUGGGACGCCUCCAUUUUAGCCAUGCGGAGCCAGAGACCGGGUCGGGGUUGGAGCAGGAGUGCCCGAGAUUCCGGCAGGUUAAGGACGAGAUCGAGGAGCUGCGGGCUGAGAUGCUGGAGAUGCGGGACGUCUACAUGGAGGAGGAUGUGUACCAGUUGCAGGAGCUGCGGCAGCAGCUAGACCAGGCCAGCAAGACAUGCCGCAUCCUGCAGUACCGGCUGCGCAAGGCUGAGCGCCGCAGCCUCCGUGCUGCGCAGACUGGCCAGGUGGAUGGGGAGCUCAUCCGUGGACUGGAGCAGGAUGUCAAGGUCUCUAAGGACAUCUCUGUGCGGCUGCAUAAGGAGCUGGAGACAGUGGAGAAGAAACGGGCACGGCUGGAGGAGGAGAACGAGGAGCUUCGGCAGCGGCUUAUCGAGACCGAGCUGGCCAAGCAAGUGCUGCAGACGGAGUUGGAACGGCCGAGAGAGCAUUCCUUGAAGAAAAGAGGAACCCGCUCCCUGGGGAAGACAGACAAGAAGCCUUCGGUGCAGGAGGACAGUGCAGACCUGAAGUGCCAGCUGCACUUUGCAAAGGAGGAGUCAGCCCUCAUGUGCAAGAAGCUCACCAAGCUCGCCAAGGAGAACGACAGCAUGAAAGAGGAGCUGCUCAAGUACCGCUCCCUCUACGGUGACCUGGACAGCGCUCUGUCCGCCGAGGAGCUGGCCGAUGCGCCUCACUCUCGGGAGACCGAGCUGAAGGUACAUCUGAAGCUGGUGGAGGAGGAAGCUAACCUGUUGAGCCGCCGCAUCGUGGAGCUGGAGGUAGAAAACCGAGGCCUGCGGGCAGAGAUGGACGACAUGAAGGAUCACGGCGGUGGCUGCGGAGGUGCGGAGGCGCGCCUGGCCUUCUCUACACUGGGUGGCAGUGAGUGCGGCGAGAGCCUGGCGGAGCUUCGGCGACACUUGCAGUUUGUGGAGGAGGAGGCUGAGCUGCUCCGACGCUCCUCGGCAGAGCUGGAGGACCAGAACAAGCUGCUGCUGACCGAGCUGGCCAAGUACCGCUCAGAGCACGAGCUGGACGUGACGCUGUCGGAAGACAGCUGCUCUGUGCUCAGUGAGCCCUCGCAGGAGGAGCUGGCAGCUGCCAAGCUGCAGAUUGGGGAGCUCAGUGGUAAGGUCAAGAAGCUGCAGUAUGAGAACCGGGUGCUGCUCUCCAACCUCCAGCGCUGUGAUCUUGCCUCCUGCCAGAGCACACGGCCGAUGCUGGAGACGGACGCCGAGGCUGGGGACUCUGCCCAGUGUGUGCCCGCUGCUCUUGGCGAGGCCCACGGCCCCCACGCUGCCCGGCUCUGCAGAGCCAGGGAGGCCGAAGCGCUGCCUGGGCUGAGGGAGCAGGCCGCCCUGGUGAGCAAGGCCAUCGAUGUCCUGGUGGCUGAUGCCAACGGCUUCUCGGCCGGCCUCCGCCUGUAUCUGGACAAUGAGUGUGCUGACUUUCGGCUACAUGAAGCCCCUGACAACAGCGAGGGUCCCAGGGACACCAAGCUCAUCCAUGCCAUCCUGAUGCGGCUGAGCAUGCUCCAGCAGGAGCUCAAUGCCUUCACACGGAAGGCGGACAGCGUCCUCGGGAGCUCUGCCAAGGAGCAACCGGAGCCCUUCUCAACGCUGCCUGCCUUGGGCUCUCAGGGGCCCUCCAAGGAGAUUCUUUUGGCCAAAGACCUUGGCUCAGACUUCCAGCCGCCUGACUUCAGGGAUCUGCCGGAAUGGGAACCCAGGAUACGAGAGCCCUUCCGUGGUGGUGACUUGGACUCCAAGCCUGACCCCAGCCGGAACUUCAGGCCUUACAGAGCUGAAGACAAUGAUUCCUAUGCCUCUGAGAUCAAGGAGCUGCAGCUCGUGCUGGCAGAGGCUCAUGACAGCCUCCGGGGCCUGCAAGAGCAGCUCUCCCAGGAGCGGCAGCUACGCAAGGAAGAGGCCGACAACUUCAACCAGAAGAUGGGCCAGCUGAAGGAGGACCAGCAGAGGGCGCUCCUGAGGCGAGAGUUUGAGCUGCAGAGUCUGAGCCUCCAGCGGAGGCUGGAGCAGAAAUUCUGGAGCCAGGAGAAGAACAUGCUGGUGCAGGAGUCCCAACAGUUCAAACACAACUUCCUGCUGCUUUUCAUGAAGCUCAGGUGGUUCCUCAAGCGUUGGCGGCAGGGCAAGAUUUUGCCCAGCGAGGGGGAUGACUUCCUUGAGGUAAAUAGCAUGAAGGAGCUGUACCUGCUAAUGGAGGAAGAAGAAUUAAAUGCCCAGCAUUCAGAUAACAAGACCUGCACGGGGGACAGCUGGACCCAAAAUACGCCCAAUGAGUAUAUCAAGACACUGGCUGACAUGAAGGUGACGCUGAAGGAGCUGUGUUGGCUGCUUCGGGAUGAGCGCCGUGGUCUGACUGAGCUCCAGCAGCAGUUUGCCAAGGCCAAGGCCACCUGGGAGACAGAACGGGCAGAGUUGAAGAGCCAUACUGCCCAGGUGGAGCUAAAGACUGGCAAAGGGGCUGGGGAGCGGGCAGGGCCCGACUGGAAGGCAGCCCUACAGAGGGAGCGUGAGGAGCAGCAGCACCUGCUGGCUGAGUCCUACAGCGCUGUCAUGGAGCUGACAAGGCAGCUACAGAUCAGCGAGCGCAACUGGAGCCAGGAAAAGCUGCAGCUGGUGGAGCGGCUUCAGGGUGAGAAGCAGCAGGUGGAGCAGCAGGUGAAGGAGCUGCAAAACCGUCUGAGCCAGCUGCAGAAGGCUGCUGAACCCUGGAUCCUGAAGCACUCAGACCUGGAGAAACAGGACAACAGUUGGAAAGAGACACGGAAUGAGAAGAUCCUUGACAAGGAGGCAGUUUCUGAAGCUGAACUUGGGGGCACUGCCUUAAAAAGGACCAAAUCCGUUUCCUCCAUGUCUGAGUUUGAAAGUUUGCUGGACUGUUCCCCCUACCUUGCUGGUGAAGCUGCCCGGGGUAAGAAGCUGCCCAACAACCCUGCCUUUGCCUUUGUGGGCACCCAGCCUGUAGACCCAGAGAAAGAUGCCCAGGAGCAGCCCAGCCUCACACCGCGGGACUGCAACCGCCUGGGCACCCUGGGCUGCCAGGAGCCGGCAGGGAGGCAGAUGCAGCGUAGCUACACGGCUCCCGACAAGACAGGCAUCCGCGUGUACUACAGCCCCCCUGUGGCCCGGCGCCUGGGCGUCCCCGUGGUCCAUGACCGGGAGGGCAAGAUCAUCAUCGAGCCUGGCUUCCUCUUUACCACAGCCAAACCCAAGGAGUCGACUGAGGCCGAUGGGCUGGCUGAGAGCUCCUACAGCCGGUGGCUCUGCAACUUCUCACGGCAGCGCUUGGAUGCAGGCUCAGGGGGCAGCCCCUCUGCACCAGGGCCCAGCUUCCCAGCGGCCCUGCACGACUUUGAGAUGUCGGGCAACAUGAGCGACGACAUGAAGGAGAUAACUAACUGCGUACGCCAGGCCAUGCGCUCGGGCUCACUGGAGAGGAAGGUGAAGAGCACAUCUAGCCAGACGGUGGGCCUGGCCAGUGUGGGCACGCAGACCAUCCGCACAGUCAGCGUGGGCCUGCAGACCGACCCACCCCGCAGCAGCCUCCACAGUAAGAGCUGGUCACCCCGCAGCUCCUCACUUGUGUCCGUGCGCAGUAAGCAGAUCUCCUCCUCCCUGGACAAGGUGCACUCACGUAUUGAGCGGCCCUGCUGCUCACCCAAGUAUGGCUCGCCAAAGCUCCAGAGGCGGUCUGUGUCCAAGCUGGACAGCACCAAGGACCGCAGCCUAUGGAACCUGCACCAGGGCAAGCAGAAUGGCUCGGCCUGGGCCCGUUCCACCACCACGAGGGAUAGCCCCGUCCUGAGGAACAUCAAUGAUGGGCUAUCCAGCCUCUUCAGUGUGGUGGAGCACUCGGGGAGCACAGAGUCUGUCUGGAAACUGGGCAUGUCCGAGGCUCGGGCCAAGCCCGAGCCUCCAAAAUACGGCAUUGUGCAGGAGUUCUUCCGCAAUGUGUGUGGCCGGGCACCAAGCCCCACCUCAGCGGCAGGGGAGGAGAGCACCAAGAAGCCGGAACCCCUGUCCCCAGCCAGCUACCAUCAGCCAGAGGGUAUGGCCAGGAUCCUGAACAAGAAGGCAGCCAAGUCAGGUGGCAAUGAGGAGGCCAGACUCUCAGUGCUCCCCCAGGUGGGGAAGGAUGGUGUCCCCCGGGAUGGAGAUGGAGCAACAGCCCUUCCCAAUGAGGCUGCACCCUUCGGAGUCCAGCUGGGGUGGGGAGGAGAGGGCAGCUCCCCCCAGCGAGUGAUGGAGCAGCUGUGCUCCCCACCUCAACCAGCCCAGUCCCUGGACAGCCAAAGGGAACCAGCAGAGAGGAGACGAGGUGAGGUGCUCAGGCCCUCAGCUCAGGUCUCGCCGCGGAGGGACAGCAGCUACCACUGCCAGAGAACAGCACUCCCAUCCAGGUAAAGCGGGGUCGCCUGCUGACUGCUGGGUGGUGAGCUCUGACUUCCCAGGGGAAGGCAGCGAGUGGGAGAGAGACCACAGCUAGACUUCAGAGGUGGCUCCAGAGGGAUCCCUUGGGAGCCAGUUCGUUGGGAGAGGCUUGCCUGGUUCUACCUGCACCCACUUCUCAGAAGAGCCAAGGAAAGGAUACACUUCCAGCCGUGCUCCUCAGGGUAAAGGGCUCACAGAGAUGUUCCCUGCCAACAUGUCCUCCAUCACAGGGAGGAAAACACCGAUGACCAGAACAGGCUUUGCUGUAGGACUCAACAUGGAGUUCCUGGUGGAGUUGAGCUGGGCAUCAUCCCCAUCCCUUCCUUCCCUUCACCACGUCCUCCUCCCAGCCCUGGUGCUCUGGAUUGCUAUGGCUCUAGGGGGUAUGAUAGAGUAGUAGCCAGGGCCAGGUAUCUGCUUGGAAUCCUGGAGCUCUGGAUCUCCCAGCCCAUAGCCUGGAUGCAGCAAGGACUGGAAGAUGGGGUAGAAAUGUGUAGGGCUCUGGAUUGGGAGGAGCCCUACCUUCCCAGGACAGAAAUAGGUAGAGUCGGUUUUAAGACCUGGUGCACAGAUAAAUGCCUAAAUGCCCACUGCCUUGAUCGCUGGGGCCUCUUUCACCGGCAUUCUGGAGGGGAGCCACAUCUCCACUGUGUUUACAUCUUGUGGCUGGUGGAGGGCAAAGAUAUUCCCAAUGAGAGACUCCCAGUUGGCCACCCCAGGCCAUGGAGCACUCCAGGAGGCCAGUGCCCCAGGACAUGGCGGUGGACAGGUGGCCUGGAAACUCAUUUCUUGCAUUGGUUGUUUAUUUGAAUUUUUCUUACUAUAAAUAUUUAAGGUGGUUUUACUUUAUUUUAAUAAUUUAAUUUACCCCAAAGUCCCUAAGGUAAUUUAUUGGAGGUUGAGACAUGUAUUCUUGCCCUUGGGACAAAGUGAGGACAAAGCCUUGGACAGGCACGGGGUCCCACACACAGACGAGGCAGCUCCGCAGCUGAGCUCGGGACUCCUGAUCAAGGUUGGAUGGCCCCCCAGUAGAGCUGGAGCCCUGCAGCUUGUUCCCCGUUAUUGCUGACCAUCUGGCCUCAGAGCACUGCUUUUCACUCACUGCCUGGUACUUGGCCAGCCCCUGGCAAUCAGUCUGUAAACCAUGACAGGGUAGAGGGCUGGGCCGAUGUCCCCACUUCCCAGACAUUCUCCGUCUGCCCUCUCAUUUUGCUCCCUCCCUCUGAAACUUUUUUUUUAUGAGUCAAACACAGAUUACUGAGGCUCUCUCAAGAGCAUGGAGAUCUCUCCAAGUUCCCCAAGUGAGAACUCACAGGAAAACAGGACUGAACUUCGAGAAUGUUGUUUAUUGCAGCUUUGCACAUGGACCUGAGAGUAUCUGCCAGCAGCUCUCACCACCUGCCAGCCUUCUCAGCAGCCUCUUUCCUUAGCCUUAUGGCCUCUCCUGGCCCCUCUUCCAGACCCAGCUCCAUUGCCUGCCCUUCCCACAUCCCAUGUGACCUGCCUGAGCCAUUGGACAUACUGCAGUGUGACUCAUUGCAGUGUGGCGGGCAAGGCCUCAGAUGGCCUCUCCCUUGGUGCCAGCAAACCCAUACCGGUUGUACACGUGCCCGCACACACGCAGAUGCGUGAACCUCCUACAACUGGCUGGGGGCCCAGAGUGGAAAUACCAAAAUGAAGCAGCUUGUCUGUGGAAUUCAGGAAGACCGAAAGCCAGCAGCUUUGUUAGUUUGCCCCCAGGACUCAGGAGACACUUCUGUACUCCCACCUGUUCCCAGUCCUGCUCAUUCAAGGUCACCUGGACAAGUUACCCGAAGUCCUUCAUCUCCACUCCCUAUGGGCAGAAUGCAAGGGUCAUGUCAGUUUGACCAGGCCUUUCAUCAUGCCAUCGUGACUUGUGUGGGCAGAGCAGGCAGGCCAAUGGAGCCAUGGGCCAGUCCGCCUGGGAUGCUGCUGCUCCUCCCACUCAAAAGGUCAGGAGGCCCCUCCAAGGUUAUCUCCAGGAGGGGAUUCACACGAGGCCAAAUGUCACCAGAGGCCUUUUGCCACCUCCCCAAGCUAUGGAGGGCCAGGGAGGCUGGUUUCCCAGCCUUGGGGAGAAAUCCUCAUGACACCCGAACCCCAAGGCCUCGGACCACUCAGCCUUACCAUCGUCCUCGUCCAACAUUGUCCUUGCAAUCUUCUUGUCUCAGCACCUGGCCUCCUGGCCCCAGCUGGUAUCAGAGGCUCUAGAUCUUGGUUUUCGAUAAAGUCUGAGUGUCCACUUCCUGCAUGCCACUGUGCAAGGUCACUCAUCACUGUUCCUGCAGAAGCCUCUGGAUGUGGGGCUUGAUGGGGUUGAAAAUGUUAUGUGUAAAUAUUGGUUUGGUUUGAUUUUUUAGCAUUUUAAUUAGUAACUGGUUGUGUUUUCUUUUUUGGGGGUGGGAGGGUUGGUUUGUAAAAAUUCUCUACUCUUUUGGAAUGUAAUUUCUAAGUUUGUUUGUUUCUUCAAAUGCCUUUUAAGUCUUGGUAACAUUCCCAAAGCAGAAAACUGCCUGACCCACAGUGGGGAUUCCCCUGGAGCACUGGAGUCCCAGGAAGGAACACUGCCCUCUUCCCUUUCUCCCCUUCCUCCUCCUCCUCCACCACUGGACUCUCAGCACCUUCUUCCUCUUCCUUCUCCCCAACGCCGUCUAUCUAUCUUUCUUGUCUCCACUCUUUCCCACCAAAGUCCCAAGGAACCCUGGGGUCCUAAUCCCUUACAGAUCACUGGGUUUGGAUCUAUUGUGUUGGCACCAGUUGGUUAGGGGAAGGAUGGGGGGGCAGUUGCCUUGGUGGACCCUAAACUGGACGACCUCACAUUCCUUAUGUCUGACCUCCUCCCAAAGCCAAACUAGACUCUCCUGGGGGCAAUGAUGUCUGUAUUUGAAAUGAAAAUCAGACCACUUUGGCCACAUCAGUGGCUCCUAGAUCUUGUAUGCACAAGGCGUCUAUAUCCAACUCCUCUCUCCCUGUUUCCAUCCCAGGCUGUUCCCCACCAAAGGCUGGGAAAUUUAAAAAUACCUCCAAGAGGUUUUGCUUUCUGUGAACUCAAAACAGGCCCCACCUCUUGGUCUUCCCAGGGACAGUCCUCUCCCAGUUGUUCUCCCAGUGGACAAAGGACCCAAAGACCUCACACUUGAACAUGCUGUCACAUGGUUCUAUCAUCCCCACCCCUAGGUGGGGAUGAAACCUUUCAUGGUUUCAUCACCAGCUUCUUCUCCACCUGCCCAUCCAACUUUCAGGCUCUUCCUCCCUCUCUCCUCCCCUCCAGAAUGUCCCCCACCUUCCAACCUGGCCAGUCCCCCCACUUCACUCAUACUAAUAAUCAUCCCCUGCACACCCCACCUACAGUACUACUAUCUAGAAAUUGCUCCCCUGUCCCCUAUCCCACAUCUGCUUCAGACUUCUGGGAGAGCUCUGGGAGGCAGCCUUGGCAGGACUGGGGUUAGGGGAGGUCAGGACACCGAGGUGUAGACUCACCCCAGAGUCUCCUGACUGGGCAGUCAUCGAGCCUAGACUAGGACCUGGGUCCAUCGGAUCCCCCAGCCCAACUCUGUCCUGCUUGCUGUGUAAACCUACUGUCCCACUGGAGACUUUUCGGUGUGGGGCCAGGACACCCAGAAGAUACCACUACCUAACCGAGACUUGAAACCAUGCAACCAUCACUGCUAUCCAUUUCUAGAACUUUUUAAUCACCCAGGCUGAACCUCUGUACCCACUGAAAAAUUAAUCACCCUCUCCCCAAGUCCCUGGUAACCUCCAUUCUAUUGUCUCUAUGAAUUUGCCUCAUCAGGGUGGCUCAUAUAAGUGGAAUCGCACAAUAUCUGUCCUUUUGUGUCAAACCACCUCACCUUUUUAGAUGAAAAGCUAAGCCCAGAGAAGAGGGAGGCUUGCCCAAGGUCACAAAGCAAACAAAAGGCAGAGUCAGGACGAGAACCCUAGUUUCCUGACCCCCAGCCAAUGCUGUAUCCCCAGGGGUGAAUGAGACCCCACUCUGCCAUUCUGGGCUCUUGGUGGAGCCCCUUCUUUUCUCUGGAGUCUGUUUGCUGCCCUCCUCCCAUUCAUCCUCUCUGUUACUGUCUUCCUCCAAAGCUUCCCCUCCUCCUGCCUCCUUUUCUCUGCUGGUUCCAACAAUAAACCAAGUGGCCCUAGCCUGUGGCUCAGAGAGCAUCAGCCUUGCCAGUCCUACUCACUGGGCUUGGCCCCGUCACCUCCCAGCCCAGCAGGACAUCCCCUAGGUCCACAAGGUCCAUCCUUGAGCCACAUUAUCUUCUCUGUCCCCAGUCUCAGGACCCCUUCAGUGUCCACUGUUACAUGGGGCUGAGGGAGGGGGACUAGAAUCCCCCCUUCUGGGCUCCUAUACCCUGCCCAGUCCUGCCCAGCCUUGUUAAAAAGAUGCAGCCUAGCUUGUGUUCUUCUCUCCCUAGGCCAUUUAUCCAUUAGUCUGUCCAUUUGACACCCCAUUAUCCUCUCUGCUCUUCCCUGGGCCUCACUGUUUCUGGAAUAAUUUGUCCUGUCUUUACCACUUGCCCCUCCCAACAGUGUUUGAAGUUUGUGAAGUCCACAAACACGAGAACCAAAGGGGACAUGAUGCUGGGCCUGUAUUCCCCUGCCCAGGGCUCCUCCCCACCACCUGCUACUCUUCCCUCACCCUCCUUGGAUCCUCAUUUAUCCUGUCAGGCCGGUUUCCGUCCCUUCCUGCCUUUCACCAGCCUACAGGACCCCAGGCCCUAAAGAAAAGAGCUCUUGUUUUCUUGAAGCAUUCUUGAAGUGUCGAGGCAGUCAGGGCCUGGAUGCUUUGUCACAGUCCAUUCUGAUACUACUCAAACUGCUCUUGUGAGGAAGAACCUCAGCUGGAUCUGGAGACGCUGUCCAAGUCUGGGAAGAUCUCUGUUUGGCUGGUUCGAUGAGCCUCCCCCUUCUAUGAUUUUAUCAUGAGCACCAGGAUGAUCCCCAGGGCCCCAGAACACCCCUUGUGUUUUGGGAUCCCACAUCACCAACUUCUCUCCACUGGGCCAUGGUAUCCUGGCUCUUUUCUCUACUCUGCCUCUGAUCUCUGUGCCUUAGUUUACUUCUCUGCACAGGAAGCUCACCACAAGACUGUUCCCAGCAGCUUCCCAGGUAUUCUGGUGCCCCUAAGGUUGGGCCUUGCCAGCUGUGUCCCAGCUCCCUGUCACUGCCUCAGGACACCAAGUUGCUGAGGAUGAGGUGCCAAGAGGUUCUCAAAGUGGCUGGAGCAUCACCUGGGAGCUUGACAGAAAUGCAAAAUACUGGCCCUACUUGAGACUUGCAGAAUUAGAAAUUCUGGUGUGAGGCCCAACAAGCUGGGGGUUUAACAUGCUGUCCAGGUGAUUCUCAUAUAACAGGACUCGGCCAACUGCUGAUCUGCACUAGCCAUCAGUGUGGCCUAGUGAGGAUCUGAAGCCGGCCCAGACCAGGAAGAGGUGGAAAAUACCAGCCUCAUCUGGACGCCUGAGAGAUCAGAACUCUCUCUGCCAAACAAAUAACUAUGUCCUUUUCCUGGAAGCUGGAGGGCAGCAAGAAGGCUACAAUUUUCCUUUCCUUGCCUCAGAACUGGUUCCAGUUCUCACAAAAGGCCAUGUAGAGUUGUGUUAGCCAAGCAGUAAGUGGGAGUCCUGGGCAGGGGGUGGGGGUGGCAGAAGACAAAAACCCUGACCAUGUAUCCCUUGGGAACCUCACCACAGGCUCAUGACCUCUCUUCAAGUAGUAAGAAACCUAACCCUCAAGGAAAGAAUCCUAAAUCCCUAGCUCCUCCUCUUCCUCCCACCUCCAGGGAGACCCAGUAGACAGUGCCAAAAAACAGCUCCAACCUCCAGCAGCUGGGGAAGAGAGCCAGAAGCUGCCCUCUCAUCUUGCCCCCUGCCCCCCCAACCCCUGCCAAUACUGUGAAGCCCCCUCCCUGCCCAGCCUGGUUUCUUGAUGAGGGUCCUGCAGUUGUGGGCCCUAGGGGACCCCCAGGGAAAGGCCCUCAGGAAGGAAGGGACCAAGGGCAUCCUUGGGCCAAACUGUCUGCCUCUCCUGUCCACUGUUCUCUCUUCCCCACUUCUGUCUUCAAAAAGCUCCUUCCCAAGAUGGAUUGGGUGCUAGGACAACUGGUCCAAUCCACCAGCUCUCCCUGCCCUGUGUCUUAUUUCAGACAUGAGAAUACCUGUACAGUGUAAACUUACAAAAGGUUUUUAAUGGUUGUAGAUUGGAAAUAAAGUAUGUCAUAUGAACAGUUUCCAUGGA